AUGAUUUCUCCAGCCUUCAUCUUGGUCUCCAGUUUUCUAUACCAUGUGGCUAUUGCAGGACGGACCUGUCCCAGACCAGAGACUUUACCGUUUGCCACAGUUACUCCCUUAAAAACAUUCUAUGAUCCAGGGGAGCAGAUAACAUACUUCUGCCAGCCAGGCUACAUGUCCCGGGGAGGGAUGAGACGGUUUACCUGCCCCAUCUCCGGAAUUUGGCCCAUCAACACGCUGAAAUGUAUACCCAGACAGUGUCCUUUUGCUGGGAUCUUAGAAAAUGGAGCUGUACGCUAUACAACUUUUGAAUAUCCCAACACAAUCAGUUUUGCUUGUAACACUGGGUUUUAUCUGAAUGGACCUAGCUCUGCUAGAUGCACCGAGGAAGGGAAAUGGAGUCCAGACCCUCCUGUCUGUGCCCCUGUAACCUGUCCUCCACCACCCACACCUACAUUUGCGACACUUAGUGCUUACGAGCCAUUGGUUGGAAACAGCACCCUCCAUGGAAAGCAGGCGGUCUUCAAAUGCUUGCCACAAUAUGCCAUGUUUGGAAACGAUACCGCUACCUGCACAGCACAUGGAAACUGGACGGAAUUGCCAGAGUGCAGGGAAGUAAAAUGCCCAUUCCCAGUAAGACCGAACAAUGGAUUUGUGAACUAUCCCGCAAAAGAAGCACUGUAUUACAAGGAUAAAGCCACAUAUGGUUGCCAUGAUACCUAUGUCUUGGAUGGCCCAGAAGAAGUCGAAUGCAACAAAUUUGGAAACUGGUCUGCAGAGCCAAGUUGUAAAGCAUCCUGUCAAAUAUCUGUUAAAAAGGCUACUGUGAUAUUCGAAGGAGAGAGAGUCAAGAUCCAAGAAAAAUUUAAGAACGGAAUGCUGCAUGGUCAAAAAGUUUCUUUCUUCUGCAAAAAUAAGGAAAAGAAGUGUAGUUACACAGAGGAUGCUCAGUGCAUAGACGGCACCUUUGAAAUCCCCAAAUGCUUCAAGGGUAAGUCACACACUGGACCUUUUAACUAG